AAUUUUUUUUUUUUUUUUGUUUUCUUUCACUAAAAGUUUUGUUGAAGGCAAUAACAGACUCGGAGAACUAAACCCCCAAAAUCCUUAAACCCUCUCCUUACCUCAAUCGCAAGCCCUAAAGAUGGUAGCUUUGAUGGCUCGUUUAAUCCGAGCUUCUCAAAAUGCGAUUCGCCUUCGUUCUUCUCAUUCUCCUUCCUCUUCACCCACAAUCCAAUUCUAUAAUUUUCUUCACCAUUCCACAAUUCCUCUCCUUUCGCCAAAAUCUCAUUCAACUCCUACUGACAUAUCAGGGCCUCUUCCUACAUCGCCCCUCGAUGCUAACAUCGUUAGAAUCCUCCGACACGAGAUCAAGUACAAACCUGAGUACGCUCCUAUACACGAGCCUCCUACGAAAUUCAAAUCAUUUAAUGUGCAAGAUCGACCUUGUGAGCAAUGGAUAACAAUGAGAGGAAAAUUUGGUGAUGAUGAAGAAAUUAAGUUGGAAAUUACCAUGUUUGAUGGUUAUGAACUUUGUCCCAAGCAUGAUGGUGAUGGGGAAGAUGUGAUUUUACGCCUCAGUGUACUUGUUAGUAUUUCCAAGAGAGAUAGUUCUGAUGAUUUGGAGUUCGUAUGUUCAGCAUGGCCUGAUAGUUUUGAAGUUCGCCAUGUUUAUUCACUUCACCGUGAUCGGAAACUUAACAGGCUUCCUUAUUUGGGGCCUGAUAUCAGGGAAUUGAAUAAGAAUUUUCAGAAGGCAUUUCGUGACUACUUAGGAGCAAGGGGAAUUGAUGAGGAGCUUUCUUUCUUCUUACAUGAUUAUAUGAUGAACAAAGAUAGGAUUGAACUUGUACAAUGGUUAACAACUGUUAAGUCUUAUGUGGAAAAAUAAGGUGAAAAUCUUUGACUGUCAUAUGUGAGAUUUCUUAACAAUUUUCAAUAAUGUGGAUGAUUGGGAACAAUUUUGAGUCCUUAAUUACAAGUCUUACGAGGGAGCAUGAAUAUACAUGCUAUAACACAUGUAAGCAUUGGUUAGAAAAACACAAUAUAGCCGUUUAAGAAUGAAAUAUCAGUUUCUUAUUAGAAAGUUUGUAUUACUCCAAGAAUGUUAAAGAGAAAACAAGACUAUUUUGUAAGUUUAGGCUUUUUUGCCUUUGUAUCUGUGCUAUACCUUGUAAACUUUUGACCUAUGUAAUUUUGAUCAGUAGAAAUAUGUAUUUUUUUCUCUUAUACAUUGUCAAACAGAAGAUUAAAUUAAUGUUGGUUACUGGAGUACUUUGUCAUAGUUACUCAAA